AAAACACUGUGUACAGUUUGCAAAAUUCCAUUUUCCUUUCUUUUGCUCGCUCGGGAAAAGUUGUGAUCAGUGAGAAAUUUACAAUCUCUAAAUAUGGUGAAGCUUCUCCAGCAGAGUGUUGCUGGUCUGAAAUCAUGGUAUAAAUGUAACCCUACUUCACUUAUGGUAUUCAGAUUUUCUACCAAUUCUCAAACCCUAGCAUCUUCUUCAGAGGAAGACAAUCUCAGAAAGCUAGUACGUUAUACACCCUCUACUGUGUCCGUUAUACCAAUAAUUAACCAGUGGGUUAAUGAAGGGAAGACCGUGGAUUAUGAGGACCUCAAGAAAGCUAUCAAGUAUCUCCGGGCAGUCAGGCGCUUCAACCAUGCUCUCCAAAUUUAUGAAUGGAUUAACAACUCAGAGCAUCCUCAUUUAUCAUCUAGAGAUGUUGCAGUCCGACUGGAUUUGAUAUCAAAAGCUCGUGGAUUGGAAGCAGCAGAGGAGUAUUUCGCCAGCAUUCCAGAUACUCUUAGAGCUUCUUGUGUGUAUAUCGCUCUUUUGAACUGCUAUGCUGAUGCAAAAUCAUUGAUAAAAGCGGAAGAUACAAUGCAAAAGAUGAGGGAUCUGGGGAAUGCUGACUUAGUGACUUACAAUGUUAUGAUGAACCUUUAUGCUAAAAUGGGAGACCUUAAGAAACUACACUCGGUAGUGCAAGAGAUGGAAGAUAAGGGAAUUGCUGGUAAUGCAUUCUCCUAUACUAUCCGCUUAAAUGCGUAUGCAUCUGUUCCCGAUAUUAAGGAGAUGGAGAAACUUUUGAUGAAGAUGGAAGAAGAUCCGCUGCUGAUUGAAUGGAAUGGUUAUGCAGUCGCUGCCAAGGGCUACAUGAGAGCUGGUGAUGUAGAAAAGGCUUCAGAGGUAUUGAAUAAAUGCGAGCAUCUAAGUAAGGAGAAAAAUGCAAGGCUUGCUAAUGAAGUCAUUCUUUCCCUCUAUGCUAGUAUGGGAAAGAAAAAUGAUGUCUAUCGUAUUUGGAACAAAUUAAAGAAUAGACGUAAGGUCUGCAGUUCAAGUUAUCUUUCCAUGAUAAGUGGACUGGAAAAGUUAGAUGAUAUUGAUGGUGCAGAGAAGAUAUUUGCCGAGUGCGAAGCGAAAGAGGUAUAUUUUGACAUUAGAAUUCCAAAUUUGCUCAUAGCCAUCUACUGCAGAAAGGGUCAAUUGGGAAAGGCUGAAUCCAUUAUGGAAAGACUCUUGGAGAGUGGGAAGAGGCCAAACUAUAGAACGUGGGAUCAUCUGGCGCUCGGAUAUUGUUUACACCAUCAGACGGAGAAGGCAGUUGAAACAUUGAAGAAAGCAAUCUUCGCAAGUGACCCACUACAGAAGCCAAAUAUUCACAGUUGGCCUUCGUGUGUUGAUUACUUGCAGUCAAAUGGAGAUACUGAAAGAGCAGAAGAGAUUAAAAAAUGGCUUGAGGAGCGAGGUCUCUUCUCAGCAGAGUGUGAAAGGUCUGAUAACUGUAUUAGAAAUGGAAAUUGUGGGUCUGAAGAACUUUAUGAAACAGAAGAACUUGAGGAGACUGGGUGACGACAAUAGGAACAUCUCUAGGGUACUUGAUGGAGAAUUACUUGUUUGAGGGUGUUAGAUUAGAAUAUUAGAACUGUUAAUUUCUUAAAUAGAGUGAAUGUUACAUAAGUCGGGAAAUUACUUGUUAUUUUUGUUUUGCUCUUUUUUCAGCCUAGUAAGGUCCUUUCAAGAUUAUUUUCUUCAUACUUAAUCAAUAGCAGCUCCAGUUUUUUUUACUAA